AUGGAAUGCAAAACCUCACUAGCCGACAGACCAUUCGCUACGAAAGACGAUGCAAUCUUCUGUCCCGACUGCUUUGACGAGAAAUUCGCGGCACGCUGCGAUGGGUGUGGAAAGACUUUCAAGGCCGCAAUGCGCAAAUAUGAGUACAAGGGGGGUGCAUGGCAUGAGGAGUGCUUCCUCUGUGCUGAAUGCAAACAGCCUAUUGGCGCCAAGAGUUUUAUCCCUCGGGGCAACGACAUUAUUUGCGUGCAGUGCUAUGAAGACAAAUUCGCCCAGAAGUGCGCCAAGUGCCAAGGGGUAAUAAACAAGGGCGGAAUCACAUACAAGGGCCAACCAUGGCACAAAGAAUGUUUCCUCUGCGCGAACUGCAACAACCAACUGGCGGGUCAGAAAUUCACCUCGAAGGAUGAGAAAAUCUACUGCGCUGAUUGCUAUUCAGAACUCUUUGCUAAACGCUGCUCUGCUUGCUCAAAACCCAUUUCUGGUAAGUGCUCCAAUCCCCAUUUGCGUCUCAGUUGCCAAGUUGCUUGUAUGACUUUUUUGUCUAACAAAUUCGGAAAUUGA